UUUGCCCUGGAGAGCCCUUCUCGCCACUUCAGAUCUGUUGGUUUGAAUCAAACUCGCCGUCACCGCCGUCACCGCCGUUCCUUGUCGUUCGCUCCGUUAUAUGAUCCUGCCAGAACUCCCUCAUGGACUAGGUGCCUAGACAAGACGUCUACCAAUCGAGGGCCUCUAGCACAUACAUAAGACAGCCAUUGUCUUCCUUGUCCUACGAACACCACCAGGCCUCACCCUAUCCCGGUCAUCAUCGCUUCUCGCCUUUUCGGCCCAUCUCCCCUUCGCUGGGUUCCAAAAAAAAACCAAAAAAAACGUCCGAGAUCACGCCCAGCUGUCAUUCACCGCGCCUCUGACCCCUGAUCUACUCACAAACUCUGUGAGGAGUGACUUAUAAAGUCUUCCUCGCCACCGUCGAUCGGAUCGUGCUUAGGCAGAAUCACCGACAAUCGUGCCACCAUGUCUCUACCCGGACUCGGACCAAGGGACCACUUCCGGAUAGGGGAGUCAUUUAGAUGGCAUGCAGGAGGUCAAGCAGACUCGACCUGGAAGACUCAAGAUGCCGGUGACAGACUCUCUUUACCAUCCAUCCGCCAGAUGAUUCCGGAGACAGAAAUUGGCACCAUGGGCCUGGUCGCAGCUUCAAGAGCGUCGUCAUCAACUGCAUCGCCAAUCUCUGGCCAUUCUGGGGCAGUGACUACCCCCGAGUAUACUUAUUCAUCCUAUUCAAACAAGCGGCGGCGCGUGUCGUGGGGCGAAGAAGACGACGAGAGGGCAAGCCAGGUCCCAAGACUUUAUUCCCAUUCCUUGAAAGAUUCGCCAGGGCUCUACCCCUAUCCCUCGCUAGCUUCCGCAAGGCAGCCUCCUAGUACUGUAUCUCCCACGACAAUCCCGAGACCGGCAACAGAGUCUUGGGCUGGUCCUUCGCGAAUGGUGCAAACCGGCGUUCUUCCGCCCAUCGGGGAACGUCGACGGACGCUACCCAAUUUUGCCUCGUUGCCCACACACCAGCAGUCGGUUGAAGACUACCCUUCAGAACGCCCACGGAUGGCUGCGUUCUCGAGCAAUAGCCAGAUGGCUGCGAUGGAGGCUGAUACUCGUCCUUCUCAAUCUGGAGACUCCUAUGGAUCAUACCAUCCGGCCCGGGCUCAAUCCCACUCUCUUCGCCCACCUCUUUAUGAUCAGAAUAGUCGCAGUCCCGUGCUACGUUACCCAGGGUCCGCGCGUGUGAAUGAACGCGGUGGAACAGUUCCGAUCAAGGACGGCAAGCGCCCCAAGAGACGAGGCAACCUACCUAAGGAGGCAACGGAUAGCCUUCGAGCCUGGUUCAUUACUCAUCUGAAACAUCCCUAUCCGACUGAGGAGGAGAAGCAGCAGCUCUUGGGGCAGACUGGCCUAGAGAUGAACCAAAUCUCCAACUGGUUCAUCAAUGUUCGACGCAGGCAAUGGCGUUUAGCCGUACGAAACAGCCAGGCCGAUGUCCUGUCACCCAGCCGAACUUCGAAUGGCCGGUCUCCCGAUGCCUCGGGGAGGACCGAUCGCGAUAAUGGCGAGAGACUCAGUGACGACGAAGGGAGCACAUGCAGCGAUGAUUCGAGACCGACGAAUGCCGAGAGAUCGCCAACAUACGAGACGUGAACACCUGAGAGAAUUUGCCUACCCGGCUGGC